CGGUCGCGGCGGCGCAAGCACGAUCUCAGACGCGGUAUCGCGGCGGCGGCAGUGGCGGUGGCUACACCGGGUCGGGCCCCCUCCCUCCUCUGUUCCCCCCUCCUUCCCCUUCCCCUCAGCGGUGGUUUGCGAGGAGUCCAAGACGUGCGGCGUGGCGGCGACGACCUCCGGUGAGGCUCUCUGGAGUGCGAGUGCCGUUUCCCCGGCGCAGAGGGGGAGCUCCGUGUCUGGGAGGAGGAUCAACUCCCUAUCCUGAAAAAGCCAUUCUCCCAAGAAGAAGGGAUAGAAAGAAAGACUACUUUGUAAGAAAGGAUUGGGUAUCCCAUGAACGAGCCAGCAGAAAAACGAUUGGGGUGCAACAGGACUCCAGAGCCAGAUUUAAGGCUCAGAAAAGGACACCAACUUGAUGAUACAAGGGGAGGCGAUAAUGACAUCCACCAAGGAGAUUUGGAACCCAUUUUAGAGGCGUCUGUUUGUUCUUCCCAUCAUAAAACGAGCUCUGAGGAACAAGAGUGCAAUGAUGACACUUCUCAGGAGGAUGAAGGGUUUAUGGGCAUGUCCCCUCUUUUGCAAGCCCAUCAUGCUAUGGAAAGAAUGGAAGAGUUUGUUUGUAAGGUAUGGGAAGGUCGAUGGCGAGUAAUCCCUCAUGAUGUGCUUCCAGACUGGCUCAAGGAUAAUGACUUCCUUUUACAUGGACAUCGGCCUCCUAUGCCUUCUUUUCGGGCCUGUUUUAAGAGCAUUUUCAGAAUACACACUGAGACAGGCAACAUCUGGACACAUCUCUUAGGUUGUGUAUUCUUCCUGUGCCUGGGGAUCUUUUAUAUGUUUCGCCCAAAUAUCUCCUUUGUAGCCCCUCUGCAAGAGAAGGUGGUCUUUGGGUUAUUUUUCUUGGGAGCCAUUCUCUGCCUUUCGUUUUCAUGGCUCUUCCACACAGUGUACUGCCACUCAGAAGGGGUCUCCCGGCUCUUCUCUAAACUGGAUUAUUCUGGUAUUGCUCUUCUAAUUAUGGGAAGUUUUGUUCCUUGGCUUUAUUAUUCUUUCUACUGUAACCCACAACCUUGCUUCAUCUACUUGAUUGUCAUCUGUGUGCUGGGCAUUGCAGCCAUCAUUGUUUCCCAGUGGGACAUGUUUGCCACCCCUCAGUAUCGGGGAGUAAGAGCAGGAGUGUUUUUGGGCUUAGGCUUGAGUGGAAUCAUUCCCACCUUACACUAUGUCAUCUCAGAAGGAUUCCUGAGGGCUGCCACCAUAGGGCAGAUAGGCUGGCUAAUGCUCAUGGCUAGCCUCUACAUCACAGGAGCUGCCCUCUAUGCUGCCCGGAUCCCUGAACGCUUCUUUCCAGGCAAAUGUGACAUCUGGUUUCACUCUCAUCAGCUCUUUCACAUCUUUGUGGUUGCCGGAGCUUUUGUUCACUUCCAUGGCGUCUCAAACCUGCAAGAAUUCCGGUUCAUGAUCGGCGGAGGCUGUACUGAAGAGGAGGCACUGUGAUAACCUACCAGUAGCCAGGGACUGUUACCCUGAACCCAGGCCUGCAGCAUCUGCAGGCCUCCCUACUGGCCAUUUAUGCCAGUACCAGAGGAGCCCCAAAACCUUGAUAGCCUCAUGGGCUUUGUGACGGCCCAAGGGCUCUGCGUGGUACACGACUGAGAAGAGAAAAACAAAAAUAAAUCAUACCUCAAAGGAUGGAGUGCAUCAAUUUGGAGAAAAGGAGGAAUGGCCCAUACCCUGACUUAUUCUUGGGAUCUACUGAUUGAGGGCUUUGCAAGACCCUUGGCAAACUGGCUUCUGAUCCGUAUCAUAAUUUAUUUGUAGAAGAUGGGGAAACAGUUUAGCUGGUGAUUCUCUCUUUUCCCUUUCUCUUUAAAACAAUAGUACAGUCCAAUUUAGGUGAACAUUUAUAUCCAAUUAAGGGGUGGGAGUGUGAUUUUAGAUGCUCUUUUGGGAGAACAAAGACAUUAAUGUAAAUAAGAUUUCUAACUUACUGUUUAAAGAAUUUAUAUAAAUGUUUAAAACAUAAGGGUUAGGGAGGGAGGGAGAAUUUUUGUAUAGAACGAAACAUGCAAGUACCACACACUGUUUCAAUUUUGCACAAAGUGAGGGAAGAUCAGGUGGUAGCCCCAGAAUGUGUAGCAGUCUUGGUGCACCAGGGUGCCUUCUAAAGGCCAACAUGCACACCUUGGACCCUAGCAGGGCAGAGAUAUUAGCCAAGCCCAGUGAUCACUUGAUCACUCUCAAUUCCAAUAGCCUUUGGGCAUCCUGAAUUAGAGAUAGGAGGAAGUGAUGUGUGUUUCUUCAGUGGAAGCAGCACAUAAGUGACUGACAAGAUGUGUUUAGGUAAAAGGCAGUCAUUUGAAAAGCUGUCUUGUAGGCCGAUAGUGACCCUUUCUAAAGAGAAGAGCCAGCUAGUCCUGCUCUUGAUACUGGUGGAGACAGUGGAGGAACCCUGGGAACGUUAGCACAGGGGCUCAUCUGAUCACUUACUGGCAUCCCGUUCAACUUGGUGGUAGUUUUGGUCUGACUUGAGAGCUGUGGCAGUUGCUAUUGGAGCUCUGAACCACCCUGUAAAUUUCUAUUAAAAAUCAUUCUAUUAAAAAUCCUGCAAAUAAAAAUUGCCUAUUCCCUGGCAUCAUAGUUCUGGUGUGGAGCCAGCCACAGAUGAGAUUCUGAUUUGUGUAGAAAAAGAAACCUGUCUUUAGACCAGAAAAAAGUUGAGUUUUGCCUCUGGUGUGUGGUCUUGGUAAACCUGGUGUGACGGACACCGUGGUUGUCUUUGAAGAAAGCCUGCAGAAGCCUCCAGCGCCCACUGUGGCAUUUUCAGCUGCACUGAGCCCCAUGUUGCUGGGGGACAUGUUUAGAAGGCAAUGGCAUGUUAUUGCUAGUGAGUCUGGUAGAAUCCUUAAGUCCAUGUUUUUGAAUUGCUACUAGAAGUGAAAAACUAUUGCUCCCAGGGCUGCCUUGUUAUGGUGUCAGGAGAGUGGUGGCAGGGAAGGAUCCGGUUCUUAGACAAGAUGUGUUCUGAUCUUGGCUCACAGGUGAACCUCUAAAAUAGCACUCAAGUCUCGGGUUACUGCCAUCCAGGACUUCAAGAGGGUGUGUUACAUCCUGGGGGUGGUAGGUAUUAGAACUGCCACUUAGGUCCUAAGGCAGAGGGGCUGGCAUUGUCAAAGGGGUGUCUAGAAGUAUGAGAAGGACGUCUGGUUUGUUCAGUAGGGUUUUGUUAUUGUCCCCACCCUGUCUUCCUUUCCCUGUGAAUCUCCAGCUACAGCUGGGUUCCAGGAAGAAAGAAUCAGUGCAGAAACUUGGGAAGAACAUAGGAGUGUUUUGGUUCUGGAUAAGGUCACUGCCCUAGGUGGCCCAAGCAAAAGACUCAGUGGAUGAAGGGCCUGACAGAACAAACAGUAUUUGUUUCUUUAGAAAAUAGUCCAACAGGACAGUGGCCAACUGGAAGGAAGCUCACUUAGUUUCCUGGGAGCAACAGCACAUAUCAGAAGCCAGACUUGCUCUUUGGUCAUGCACUUUGGGGUAUGGGGGUAUGAGAUGCAGCCCUGUAACAACACCCAGAGAAGUAGCAGUCUUUGGGCCCAGUCACCCCACACCCCAAAGCAGGAAGAUUCUGGUUCAACAUAGCACAAACCCUUAGGGAACAUGAAACCAACACCACCAAUGUGUAAUCCAGUCAACUCUCCCUCUUUUGGGUGUGUAUGUGUGUGGGUAUGUGUAUGCCCACUUGUGUGUGUGUGUCCACGUGCAGCUCACUACCAAUAGCCUCUAUGUGCACUUGACCUACAGUGCCCGCUGAGAACUCACCAGGUUGGCGCCUGAAUGCCUUACUCUCAGCAGUCAGAGGCUGGCUUGUUCUGUGCAGAGUUUUAAUUUUCUUUUUUGGCCCUGGGCUGUUUAGGACCUCUACAGCUUCAUUCUUUCACCAUUAAAUAGUGGCCUUUUUCAGUAUUUUCCCCUCCCCCUUACAAAUCGCUGAAGCCACAAAGCACAUUUUUGGGGAUCAUAGAAGGUUGGGGUUCCAGAAAGGUAUCUGUGAUGGUUCCACUCACCAUGGGAUUUCCCUACUUGCUGUAUUCUCAAUUUCUCUAAUAAAAAGAGCCAAAUGGAAAAUGAA